CGGCGGGGGGAGGAGGGGUUGAACCGCCCCUUUAAUGCCCCUGCUAUUAUUUGUCCGCCGACGCGGCCCCUGCGCCUGCCCUGUCAUCACUGGCCUGGGGGGCGGGGCUUCCCCCUUCCCCUUUAAGGGUGUGAAUUUCCCGCCUCCGACGCGCCGCUUUAAGCCCCUCCCCUUUAAGACGCCGGGGAGGCCGGGCCGGGCCGGGCGCUUCCGGGGGCGGCGGUGACGCGGCGUGACGCGGCGGAAGGGGCGGGGCGCGGCGCCAUGGCGGAGCUGGACUUGCUGGGCUCCAUCCUCAGCGCCAUGGAGCGGCCGCCCGGGCUGGGCGACCAGGAGACGCGGCGCCGCGCGCGAGGUCAGGGGUCACGGGGCGGGGCCGGGCCAGGGGGGGAGCGGGAGCCCGAGCCCCCGAGCGCCCCGCCCACCGCCACUAAGGAGUGGGGGCUGGUGGAUGACAGCGGUUCCCGUGGCCAACAAGCGGGACACGCGCUCCAUUGAGGAGGCCAUGAACGAGAUCCGGGCGAAGAAGCGGUUGCGGCAGAGUGAAGACGAGGGGCCUGGCGGGGUCGGGACCUCCUAGUGCUGGGGGGGGGAGGGGUGGGGAGCAGAUUGCAGAGACUAACCCCAAACCUGCUGUUGUGUGUGAACCUUGCUUGGGGCGUCCUGACUGGCGGGGGGCGGUCCUGCCCCCCACGUACCCAGAUUACCCCCCCCCAUAUUUACCCGGUAGCCUAGGAGUGAUUUUAGGUUUUCAAUUGGGGGCGGGGACAUAUUUUAAGUGAUUUGUUUGGAAUUGUUUUUUCUCUCUAGUUUGGGGGGGGAUGUGAGUGUGAGCGAGGGGAGGGGAGGGGAGGGGAGCCCCCAGCAGGGGCAGGGGGGGGGAGGUGGGUAAUAGAGAUCUGGGCGCAGUGUUGCCUUCCCCCACCAGAGGGCCCCUGGGGCCACCCAAGAGGCUGCAGCAUCCCACUGCUACCACCAGAGGGCACUUGUCAGAUUGGGGGGGGUCGUUCCCCCCCCGCGUCUCACCUCCCUCCCCCAUCCUUGGGGAAAUGACACCCCCCUCUCUUUUCAAAGGGUGAUGGGGAAAGGUCCUAGCUCCCCCAAGGGGGGUGAUGGGGCCCCAUAGGGAAUCCGGGGGAGGGCACCCUGGUGUCUCUGGGGUGGGGGGAGCAAUGGGGCUAGGAUCCCUGUGGGGGGGGAUCCCUGCCUGGGGGGGUGGGGCUGGCAGAGGGGAUUUUAUCCUGUUCUUGUUGCUGGGGGCUCCAGGCCCCGCAGUUAAUUUCGGGGGGGGGGCGUAUUUGCUUGUUAUUUAAGUGUACAUAGAAUCAAUCCCCAGAGCUGCGGGGGGGGGGGGCAGAUGCCUGGGGAUCCCCCCCCAGCAAUGUGUUGUGGGGUAUGUGCCCCCCCCAGUGGGUGGUCGGGGGGGGGGUAGGAGCAGCUGUAUCGCCCUCAAUAAACCCGUCUCUGUUUAAUCAUGA